AUGACGACAACAGCCACAGCACCGGACGGCUCGAAUGGCCAGAUGACUGGUGAAAGCAAGGGUGUUUCCAACUUGAAAAAUCCUCCAAGGACCAAUGUCUGCAAAGGCUGUGCACUCGCCUUUCCUUCCAAGAACAAACUCUUCAAACAUUUGCAAGAUACCGAUGGCAUCUGUCUCAAGGAUGAUCCACAAGAGUAUGCCAACUAUUGCAAAUACGUACGGAAGAAGAAGAAGCUAGACAAGGUUCUGAUUCUCUUUGGGUACUUGCCAGUUGCCUCCUUGAUCCGAAAUGGAACCGAUGCGGCCACUUUUCUCAUCCACGCGAUGGAAGAGUGGCAAAGUCAACAAGAGGGAUCAACGGACAUAUUCGAGCAGCCAGACGAGUCAGAACGAAAGUUCAAUCGAUCUUAUGGGCAUGAACAACGAGGAGUGGAUAUCGUGGCGCAGGACAAUGACACGGGUGCCAUUACAGAAGUCUUGUCCGUCAAAUUGCAACCUCUGCCGCCCAAUAUCACGGUCGACAAUCUCUUGGAUGAGGUUCAAGCCAUAUUGAAUGCUCAGUUUGCUGCUGAAGCUGCAAUUGUAGUACCAAUUCGCAUUCUGGGACGACAAAUUAUGAAACAAGCCAAAUUCAGUGCGGAAAUGGAUUCGACGAAUCGACGAGUUGAGUAUGUCUUACCAAUGGACUUUUUGAGUUGGUGCACUCCUGAAAUACAAGAUCGGCUGGAGGCUCUGCCAAGCUUUUCGGAGAACAACAAACACAGUAUUGGAACACGAUUACCGCACUAUGCCAGGGGGAGCUGUUUCUUUCCCAAUGGUGCAGAAAAAAAGGAAGAUGAAGGCAAACAGGUCGAGGACAAGCCCCAAAAUCUACCCGAUGUGCAAGUCCUAGCGUACUUGCACAAGCUCAAGAAACUAAUGCAAUCGCUUUCGACACAAAUAGUUCAAUUGGACAUGAACGACAAGGCUGCAGUCAUGGAAAAGGGAUUUAGUUUGCAAAAGCGACGUAGGACUAAGCGUAGCAAGAAGGAAGACAGUCGUGCUCAGGACGACGGAGAGGACGGUGACGAUGGUGAUAAUGAUCAAAGUAAUACUCCCAAUGUGGUUGCCAAACAUAAGAUGCUCAAGCGAAAGCGAUUUCAUAACUUUACUGAAUCUGUCAUGGCUCACGAAUAUUUGGCAUAUCGGCGGCUAGAUCGAAUGUAUCAUAGGGCUUGCUUGAGAUUUCCAGAAGUAGACCCUACCUACAACAAGCCUUUUCUCGUCGUUUCUCUGACAGGAGACCUAUUUUUGACGGGCCAAGUGCUGCGAGUCAUUGGAUUAUUCCUGUCCAUUGCCAAUGGAUUAAUCGAUGCGGACAUUGUGGAUUGCGUGUUUGACGAAGAAUAUCCUCAUUUGAUUCCUACGCCACCAGUCCUGCCCUUGGGAAUGAUGGCCGGAGAGGCCAACUACAUGACAUGGGAAGGAAAGGUGAAAUCGAUUCUAACGGCACGAAAAACAGAUCGAUAUCCGAAUGGGUGGAACCAAAUGAGUACAUUGCAACGAGUCAAGGAUUGGCAAGAAGUUGUGUAUCGAGAGAUUGCUAGACGAUGGUUGGUACAGGGAGUGGACAAAGAGAGUGGGCGACUAGUGGCUGAGAAAGAAUGGACGGAAAGAGUGUUGAAACCGUGGGCCAAGAAGGCCAAUGAACAAUUGAGUGCCUAUCGCACUUGGAAGACAGAAUCCGAAAUAGCAAUUGGAAACAAUCCAGAGAACAAUGCGUCUGGUGAACAGAAAUUUGAAGACCCAGCACUACCAGCUACGAUCGAUGCUACAGUACCCGAGUUGUUUGAAAAGGUGUUGUUUCACCUUCGAAAGAUAGAUGAAACUGCUCAAUGGCCUUCUACUACACUCAAACGACAGCUUGUGAUGGUAUCAACGAACAAGGACGCAAAAGAGGACGAAAAAACCGAGUCCUUGUCCAUGGCUCACAUGAAAGCAAAGAACAACAAAGAGACCAGAUCGUCGGCGUAUUCUUUUGCUGAGGGGCAAGGGGGGGCAAGCGGAAGUUUUUCUGUUGGCUACAUGCCUGGAGGUAUCAAUAAGCAGCCAAAGUCGAACUCAUUAUUCCCUGAGUUGGUCCAAGCUGCCUUUGAACUGGAGACAAAGCUCUUUCCGAAUCGUGCUAGCAGUACAAUUGCAAUCAACCGGAAUGCCCAAUUCCGACCUCACACAGAUAGUGGAGCUGGAGCGGGACAGUCAACGAGUUUGAUUGUCGGUCUUGGUACCUACAGCGGCGGAGAGCUGAUGGUGGAAGGGGAACAACACGAUAUCCGAUAUAAGGCAAUCGAGUUCAAUGGAUGGACCGAACGUCAUUGGACGAUGCCGUUUUCUGGAGAGCGAUAUAGUCUUGUCUGGUUCACGCCAAAAGGCUGUGAAGGUAUGCGAGGGAUUGACAUUGAAUUUGAACAGAGCUAA